AUGGUACUUGGGUACCAGGCGCGUGCUCCCCCAGAACGGGUUCCUUUGGAAUGUCUUAGGAGUCCACAACGGCGUAGGCGAAGACGGCCGGACUUUAUCUCCAGCCUACAUCUGGAGCGUCCACGGGAAAUGAUGUUCUCUCAGGAAGAAGAGGUCCGUUACUGGAUAGUUACUCGGGAGCCGGAAUCCCAACUAAAGGCUUUGGAAUUCUUCCAGGACUCCAAAUAG